GCUUGGUUCGGGUCCACGUUAACGGUGAAACGGACGAUGGUUCUGGUGAGAAACCUCCGUCCUCCCACCGAGGGAGUGCGGCGCGAGGAAGCAAACACCACGGCGGUGCUGAGCGGACAGGUGCUGGGCUGCGGCACGCUGUACGUCGCCGAAACGCGCCUGUCGUGGUUUGACGGCUCAGGGAUGGGUUUCUCUCUGGAAUACCCCUCCAUCAGCUUACAUGCCAUCUCCAGAGACGUCAGCGCUUACCCCGAGGAGCAUCUCUACGUCAUGGUCAACGGAAAGCUAGGCGGUGAGGAUGAAGCUGAAAUGACUGAGAAAGCAGAAGACGAGAAUGGUGAUGAUGAUGAUGGUAGUGACAGCAGCAACGGGGAUGAAGAGGACGUGAUCACAGAAAUUCGAUUUGUUCCCAGAGACAAAGCUUCAUUGGAGUCCAUGUUCUCGGCCAUGUGUGAGUGCCAGGCGUUGCAUCCAGACCCCGAAGAUGAAGACUCAGACAACGACUUUGAAGGAGAGGAGUAUAACGUCGAGGAAGCCGAAGCAGAGUACGGCCAUGCGGACAUCCCCACCUUCUACACCUGCGAGGAGGGUCUGUCUUCACUGACGCAGGAGGGCCAGGCCACGCUGGAGAGGCUGGAGGGAAUGCUGGCUCAGUCUGUGGCUCAGCAGUACCACAUGGCCGGCGUGAGAACUGAAGAGAGCAAGGCUGAGUUUGAAGAUGGGAUGGAGGUCGAUGCUGAAAUGACGGAGGCCGGUCAGUUUGAGGAUGCAGACGUUGAACACUAGUGAGUCGUCUCAGCGUUGCUCUGUGGAUCCAAGCUCUGCAGCUUCCUUCCUGCUCUCACAUUUCGCGUACUAAACAGAUCUUUAUCAUCAUAACUUGUGGUGCUUAAGCCGAGUAAACGCAGCACAGUGUUGAUACAGUACUACCAUGUGGUAGUGGUAGUAAUAUUACUGACAUGGAGUAAAAAAACAGCAA